UUUAACUUUUUAUUUUGCUUGAGUUUUUCACAUUUAUUGUAAAAUGAGCGAAGUAAGUGUCUUAUUUAAUGGUUAUUCAAUAAUAAAGGAUGAGAAUGAAAUGAUAGCCAACUGUACUUGUACACUAAUAAAGGCAGAAUCAUUAAAUAUUAUUAUAGAUACUAUGACACCAUGGGAUUCUGAUAAAAUUGUUAAUGCUUUGAUGGCGCAUCAGCUGACUGCUAAAGAUAUUAACUAUGUUAUAUCAACCCAUGGUCACUCAGACCAUACAGGAAAUAAUAACCUAUUUCUUGAAGCUAAACAUUUAGUUGGAUUUAGUCUUUCUUACAAAGAUACUUAUUUUAUGCAUCCAUUUGAUAAAGGUGAAGAAUUAAAAUUAAAUGAAAAUAUUAGAAUAAUUCCAACUCCCGGUCACACUUUGUCUGAUGUUACAGUAAUAGUUACUACAGGAGACGGAACUUAUGCCAUUACAGGUGACUUAUUUGAGAAGUAUGAAGAUAUUGAUGACCCUACAAUAUGGGUGGAUGCUGGCAGUGAAGAUCAGUUGAAACAAGCUAAGAACAGAUCCAUGAUUGCCGAUUUAGCCGACUGGAUAGUACCAGGACAUGGUCCAAUGUUUAAAGUCACACAGGAAAUCAGAGAAGCAUUAAAAAAACAGGUUCAAACAUAACUAUAAUUUCGGUCGAAUUAACACCGUAUUGUAUCAAGAAAAGUGAAAAUGCCUAAUGGGAAAAAGUAGUAUGAACUAUAAGAAAAUAACUAAAAAAUAAGGGAAUAAUG